UUUGCAGAGUGCUCCAGACAGACUCCAUGUCUCGCUGCAUCUUACGGUUGAGACCGGUUUUCUUUGGUGAAAUAUCACCUAGAGCUGCAUCAACUUACACAUCAAAUGCUGACCUUGCGAAUGCUUUGGAAAAAUGGAAAGGAGGUGCGGUUGAUUUGGCUGUCAGCGGAGCUGUCGCGAGGUUACGGUUAAAUCGCCCGGAAAAGAGUAAUUGCUUGUCGGGAGAAAUGAUGGUGCAGUUGAGAAAAAGAUCGGAGGAAUUAGCUUCACUUUCUGAACCGGGCGUAUUAGUCGUGGAAGGAGUAGGGAAGUCUUUCUGUAGCGGCGCCGAUCUUGGGUUCGUAAAGGAGGUGAGCGAUCCAGUAAUUGGAAGCGCCUACUAUCAGUUCAUGUUUGGUACUCUGCGAAAUAUUCGAACAUCUCCACUUGUGAGCGUCGCACGACUUCAUGGACACUGUUUGGGUGGUGGCUCAGAAAUCGCAACGUCAUGCGACCUUCGAUUUGCUCACAAAGAUGCAAAAAUUGGAUUUCUACAAGCGCGAAUGGGAAUAGUCCCAACAUGGGAAGGGGCUCAUUAUCUGCCAUCUAUAGUCGGACGAUCAUCUGCGCUGAGACUACAAACAACUGCAUCAAUAAUCACAGCACAAGAAGCGAAGGAUCUUGGCUAUGUUGAUGUUAUAUACGAAAAGGAUGAAGAAUUUGAAGAAUUAAUUUCAUCGAUGUUGAAAAACGGUGCAGAAGUUUGUAAAGCUCAAAAAGCAAUGAUUGAUGCAACGGGAAAAGGAGAGGAGGCUAAACUUGCCGUUAUACGUUCCGUAUGGGGAGGCAAAGCUCAAAAACAAGCUAUACAACGGCAACUCGAUGCAGUCGUAAAUAAGAAGUCGAAGAAGUAGAUUUGAUAAUUUAUUGUUUUGUAGAAACAUUGUAAAGUGCUCAACUGAUGUUACAAGUCUUGCCAAGACUUUUUGGUAGGC